AUGGGCCUUGAUCUGUUCUCUCCAGUCGCCCCAGUGCGUCUGAACAUACUGUUACUUCCGGUCGGUAGGAUCAAGCGAUCAAGAUUUCUAAGCUUUGCUGCAAGAUUACAAGCCGAGAAACUCGUCCGGCUCGGCGACAUCAGCCCCGAAGAACGCCCAAAUCGAAAUAUGUUCACGCCGCUGGCGUUUCCCAAUGGAUUGAUUCUAUAUAAUAUAUCCUUCUCCGUGCCGCCCACCUCCCAUCUCGAGCUCUUUCCGUUUGAAAUAUUUCGAGAACCUCUUGUGGUAAUUGCCAUUGCCGAUGGCGCCGAAUUAGACCACGAUGAGGGCACAGAAAAGGAAACAAAUCCAAAGAGGAGCGGCGGUGUAGAAACACCUCCGAAUCCCAAGGGCUUAGAAGACUUGACACAGGAGCUUUCGUGGGUCAGAGAGCAGAAUCCUAGGGCCUUGGUCCACCAACUCCUCAUUUUUGAUUAUGACGGUCUUGACAAAUCAAUAAGCGGCCCAGAUGAUGUUAUAUGGGUGCCCGCUCCUCAGUUCUCUCGACCAACAACAAUUAAGACUGUCUUAUGCGAUAUAACUUCUCUACUCCUCGGCGAAAUGGACGGCUUUGCAAAGCUUAUGCAAAGUAUACCUGCUAUUGAGUCUCCUAAAGCUUCUUCGUGGGGUCCCCGAAGAGGCCCAGAGCUGCGUCCUCGACCUAUAGACAAAGUUAUGCACAGAAUGACAAUGCCGGCACAGUUUCCCGUGUCGAACGGCGACUCACAGUCAGCAACUAGCUCUGGUAGAUCUUCUCCGGCUCCCGGUAGCCAUGAUUCUCCGACUACUUUUGAUGAGAUUACUCGAUCUAUUCAAGUUUCAAAUCGAACCGCUACCGGCAUGCAAUCAUCGAAAGAGAGUAGUCGCGACCGAAUGUCUAUUCAGGGUCUCAGCGCCGCAGAUCGUACCAAGAACCGAAUUAAGGGCCGUCUUGGUGUAGUUAUUGGCACACUUUAUUUACAAACUGGCAGGUGGCCGGAUGCAUUGAAAGAGCUUGUUGAAGCCGCGACUAUGGCCCGAGCAAGCAGUGAUUACCUGUGGCAUGCAAAGGCACUGGAGUCUAUUCUCCUGUGCCUUUUGAUGCUUGGGUGGGCCGGUAUGGACUUUCAGGUCCCUCAAAUCUGCUAUCCUGUGGCCGAAAAAUCCAGCUCCAAAUCGUCACAUUCAACUCCCGUGCCUAACGUAACGGACAUGUCCGGCUCCGGACAAUCAUCUGCUGGAAACCGGCUUAUAUCAUUGCAAAAUCUUACAAACCUCUUGCCCGACCUUUGUAACAAUAUUCUCCACCUUUAUAAUCGAGCCGCCGUGAUCACAGAUGAACCACUCCCCCCAUUAGUAUUUUCAGAAACAGUCAUUCGCCUGUCACGUCUACUUUGUGCAAUUCGACUCCGAUCUGGAACCCUUGAUGAUAAUGCGUUAAGACAUAUUGUCAUGAAUGAAACCCUUGUGCCUUCAGAUACUGAAUGGCCACGCGGGGCAGCUGUGCUGAAAAAGAAUGACAUUGCAAACUUUCUCUUUCGUGCCAUGCCUCUCUCUCUUGGAGUUGAGCUACCAAUUACCGAUGCGGCGCCGAUUCUCGUUGGCAUAUCUUCCGUUCUUUCGAUCCUGGAGCUUCCGCGGAAGAAGGCUCUUGUUUUGAGAGAAUUGGUUUUGCUCAUGGUUCCCGGACUGGUGGAAGCUAGAAAGAUUGGAGCUGCCGAAAUAGGGAUCCAUCCUGCUGCAGGACUCUCGACAUUGAGCGAAGCGGCCUUUGAAAUCAAUGCAUUGGAUGUAGGUCGUGGCGAUAUGGGGGAAAGUACACGCGCCCUUCUUACAAUGAUCGGUGAAAUAUACGGUGUUCAGCCUUCUAUCUACCAAGAACAUAAGAAGAGCAAAGCAUCAUCAAGGCCUUCUUCUGUCAAAGGUAACGGGAUGAAUGAGAAGGAAUAUGAUUCAAUUGCAUCUAUUGUCGAACGCGCUUUUCGCCAUGUGACUCUUGACGGAUAUGGCGAUUUAAGUCUGAAGAUUGCUAUCCUCAGAGUUUCAAUCAAUCUCUGCGAGGCACUUCCUGACUUUGAAGGCGUACUGCAAUACACAGUCGAACUGCUUCAGACCAUCAGAGGACAUCUCAUGCUUCCUGAAUUCGGACGAAAGCCACCUAUUUUAUCCCCUGACGAACAGGUGCGACUACUUAACACAAUAAAGCGCACUGUUGGCGCAGCUCAUAAGUUGGGCGCCUCUCAUCUUGAAUCAGAGUACUGGGAUGAUUUCCUCGUUCGUGGGGUCACUUUACUUGAGUUUCCAGAGUUCAAACGUCUGUUUCGCCGAACGAGAAAGGAUUUAAACAUCGCAAGUGUGACCGACCAAAAAUCGAAGAAAGACCCAUUUUUGUAUAAUGCUUUUGCAAAAACGGAUUAUAAGACAUCUGAGGCUCUAAUGAUAGCUAAAGAGCUCGCGAGUUUCAAGGUCACUCUUCAGAAUCCUUACGACUUUGAACUUGAAAUCGAAAGCCUGAAGAUACAGGGUGAUAACGCAACUCUUGAUGCUCGGGCGUACAACAUAAUAUUACCCCCAUUAGCAUUGUACGAUGUUAUUGUUCCAGCUAUUAUCAGUGAAGUGGGCGUGCUUAACAUUACUGGCUGCACAAUCAAAGUCAAAAACUGUCGUUCUAGGACAUUCCCAAUAUUCCAAUCUCCUUGGAAGCCGGCUCCUGAGGUUAAGCUCAAACGCACCGGUCUAGCAGCUAAAAAGCCUCUUUCCGAACGACCGCUGUCAUGGAGUUCAACCACUUUGAAAGAUGGAAAAGUUCUUGCAAAGGUCGGACCGGAGACCCAUACGUGCUCAGUGAAGGUCAUCCAUCAGCAGCCUUCUGUUGUUGUUCACUCCACUUCGCUUUCUCAAUCCGCUAUGAUGCUACUGGAAGGAGAGACCAGAACUUUCGAUAUUACUCUACAUAACGUUUCCUCGUGCGCUGUUGGCUUCAUCUUCUUUACCUUUCAAGAUUCGACUACCCGGCAGUUGCAGAACGCACUGAGUAACAAAGAUCUCCUCCCGGCAGAAAUAUAUGAACUCGACCUCCAAUUGUCCUCCAAACCUCCUUUACGCUGGUUACAGCAUGGAAGCAAACCCAAUGAUGUGACAAUCGAAGCCGGGGAGAAAGCAACUUUCACAAUUGAAGUAUUCGGCAAGCCUGGUCUACAAGAUGCCACCGUCCAGAUCGAUUAUUGUCAUUUGGGAGACAAGCAUGAUUCCAUUCCUGAAACAUUCUAUACACGACAGCUAUCGAUACCGAUCACCGUAACUGUAAACGCCAGUGUUGAAGUGGCACGAUGUGAUCUUGUUCCACUUUCGGGUGACAUUUCCUUCUUCAACAACCAGGUCAACGAUCCAUCAGUAUCGUCACAGGCUGAUAAAGUGUAUUCCUCACCGUUGUUGGCAAAGCACACAGCUCAAAUUUCAUCUACCCUCUCUCACCUUAGCUCUGAUUCACACUGUCUUGCUGUCCUUGAUCUUCGCAACGCGUGGCCAAAUCCUCUUUCCGUUGCUCUUGAUGUCUUUCGAGAGAAGGAUCAAAACGAAGCCUGGGUAACUGUCAAGGGCACCAUACAGCCUGGACAGAUCUCGAGAUUCAUUCUUGUGCUUCCCAGAAUCUUCUUAGACAACCCUCAUGCUGCCAUUCCCAUCCUCCACUCUGUGCGAAGACAGUUUGUUGUCAGUGCAAAUAAGCUUACCUUUGAGGCUGAAGCAGCCGCCCGAGAAGCUUUCUGGUUUCGCGAGGAACUAUUGAGGCGUGUUCUUGGCACAUGGCGGGAAGAAUCGACAGGUCGAGAAGGCUUGGUUGACUUCCGCAGUCUCAGGUUCACUCCAAGAAUGGUCGAUGCCAUGCGACUUGAAGAUUUGGAGAUCUCCUUUUCUCUGAAUUCCUCAGAUGACCAACAGUCUGUGGCUCAGGUCAAGAGCUCAAAGUAUACUGCGAGAACCAACUCCUUCCUUGAACUCACAGUCGAGAUCGAAAAUCGUUCCUCCCGACCCGUUCACCCACUACUCCGACUCCAGCCAGGUUUAUGUAAUCAGCCCAGUACCAUUGCGCUUGACCUUUCAAAGAGAUUAGCGUGGACGGGCACUUUGCAACGUGCGCUGCCUGUGAUUCCUGGCGGUGGUAAAUCCGUUGCUAAUCUGGGGCUUAUAUUCUUCUGUCGUGGCGAGUACGAAAUCGGAGCAAGCGUGGAGGAGGUUCGCCUCAUGAAACCCGUAACAGGAAGCAAAGAUACAUCACAUAUCUCAAGGGACACCGACGAGAUAUUCAUACCGGAUACGUUCGCUGCCGAUGGGAUUCCCAGAAAGAGACGCAUUUGGCACGCCAGGGAUCAUUGCGUGAUUGCUGCAUACGAUUGA